AAAAUCUUUUUCAAAUACUUUUAAUUGAACAAGCUUCGAAUACUUCUGACUUAUUACCCGAUGUGCUACCUCAAGGUGAUAUACCCCAAGAUGAUGUACCCAAGAUGAUGUGCCCCAAGAUGAU